AUGAAACUUCAAUACCUUUUUAUGUUAACUUUUAUUGUUUUGGCAUUCGCUCAUCCGAUAAUUAAAGAAGGUGGUGAUGAAAAAACGAGCGAAAUGAAAGAAGAAGUGGCUGCAACAGAAAUUAGCGGUAAGGGCGAAAUCACAACCGAAACUUCUCCCACUCAUAAUGAGAGUUUUACUGCAAUAUGCAAUUCACAGGAAAAUAAAAAAGAAGGAACACUAAUGGAAGAAUCAAAAAGUAAAGAAGAAGCAUCAAAAAGCGAUGAAAAAACUGAUACGAUGAAAACCGAUGAAAAAGGAGAUGAAGGAAUGGUAUCACAUGAGAAGAAAGAGGAAAAGGAUGAGAGUGAAGAAAAGAAGGAUGAUCAUAAAAAAGAAAAAUCUGAUGAAAAGGAGAGCCAUGAAGAAAGCGAGAAAAAAGAAACAAACGAGGAAAAAGGAGGAGAACUGAAGGAGGACCGGGGUCAUGAAACAAAAGAAGAGAAAAAAGCGGAAGAAGAACAUGAAAAAUUGAAAAAAUUUGCAAUUCCCGAAUCUGAGAAACACGACGACGCGAAUGAAUCGGAAAUGGCAACAAAAGGCGACGAAUCAACGCCAGAAGAGGGAAAUAAUACGGAAAGUCCAAAUGAAGAGGAAGCAAAAACGGAACAGAAACCAGAAGAAGGAGCCAAAAAAGAUAAUGAUGAAAAAGAGAAAGUGGAAAGCGAAAAAACUGAGGAUGAAGCCAAGGGCGAUGAACCAGUUGCUCAUUAG